AUGGCGACCGCAAGUCUCAACGUGAUUGCGCUCAUCUCGGGCGGCAAGGACAGCUUCUACAGCCUGCUGCACUGCAUCCAGAAUGGCCAUCGCAUCGUCGCCCUCGCCAACCUCUAUCCGCCGGUGCCCGAUGCGCCUGCCGGCGGCUCGCAAGACGAGAGAGAUCUGAACAGCUUCAUGUACCAGACUGUCGGCCAUGAAGUUAUUCCGCUCUAUGCGGAAGCCACGGGCAUCCCGCUGUACCGACAGCUCAUCGCAGGAGGCGCGACGCGCCACGAGAGAGACUAUGCCUAUGAUGCUUCGGAGCCUGGUGUCGACGAGACAGAGUCCAUGCUGCCGCUCCUGCGACGCAUCAAGGAAAAGCACCCAGAGGCCAACGCCCUCUGCUCCGGUGCCAUUUUGUCGACCUAUCAACGCACCCGUGUCGAGUCCGUCGCCGUUCGUCUGGGCCUCACGCCACUGGCCUACCUCUGGCAGUAUACGGUCCUGCCUGCUCCCGUCACACCGGCAAAUGAAUCGCAGCUCCUAACCGACAUGGAGGCUGCCGGGCUCGAGGCCCGCAUUAUCAAGGUGGCGAGCGCAGGACUGGACGAGAGUCAUCUGUGGGAGUGCGUGUCGAGCGAAGCCGGGUCUCUCCGGGUGAAGAAGGCUCUAAGCAAAUUUGGCGCCGUCGACGGCGCCUCUCUAGGAGAAGGGGGCGAAUUCGAGACGCUGGUCCUGGAUGGGCCUGGCUGUCUCUUCAAGAAGAGCAUUGCAAUACCCGAACAAGGCAGGCUUGCGGUUCAAGAAGGGGGUGGCUCGACGUGGCUCUUGACCAGAGGUGCACACUUGCAGGACAAAGACACCUCAAGCGCAGAUGACUCGGUUGAUGCGAGAAUUCCUGAUCUAUUUGAUCCCAAAUUCGCACGAAUACUAGAGGACUUGGUUGCACAACCCCAUAAAGUGCCAGGAGCUGCGGUGGAAGGCUCCGUGGCCAAACCAUUGUCCAUGAUUACAUACCAUGGCGAGCCCGAGUUAUACACGUGGACUUUUGUUUCUGAUGAGCCAUUUGACUCGAACAUGGUAACUGAGGAAACGGGUAGCGUGGUGAGCCAACUCAAGGACGCACUGGUGAAGCACGGCCUCGAUGCCGCGCAGUUGACGACGGUCAUCAUCGUUCUGAGAAACAUGGCCGACUUUCCCACAAUAAACCAGGUAUAUGGUGGCUUAUUCGAGUCGCCCAAUCCCGCAUCCCGGGUGACUAUUGCCUGCGGCAACUUGCUACCAAAGGGACGCAAUAUCAUGCUGUACGCUACAGUUCCGGCAGCCGCCAAGACGCUCACAAGAGACGGCCUCCAUGUGCAGUCGAGGUCAUACUGGGCGCCAGCCAACAUUGGCCCCUAUAGUCAGGCCAUUGACACUCCUAUCACGAGGUGUCAUGUUAGCCUUGGUCUGCGAUCUGUCUACAUCGCGGGCCAAAUACCACUGAUACCGCAUAGCAUGAUAUUACCCACCCCCUCCGACACUUCUCUUGUCGAGCAAAUAACGCUCUCUCUGCAACAUUUGUGGCGUAUUGGCGCGCAAAUGAAGGUACAGCAAUGGACGAGCGCCGUCGCCUACUUUGACAAGUCAGCGUCAGCCGAGGAUAUGCAGCACAAGGCGCAGUUGGCCAGUAGGGCGUGGAGCUUCAUGCAUGCAGAGCCUGUCGAAGAAGAUGAAGAGGAGGCCACGUUGGACCCAUGGGAUCUCAAAUACAAUACACAAUACAUGUCUCUGGCUAGCCCUCAGAGUAACCGGCCACGACCACUGCCUGACUGGGAGGUGUUCCCUAUGCGGCAGCAAAAUGAACCCGAGACUUGCAUUCCGCCGUUCUUUGCGGUCGAGGUGCAAGAGCUGCCGCGACAGUCUACAGUCGAGUGGCACGCUCACAUCGGAUUGGCGGGACUCGCCGAGGCGAGUACGCAGUUGGUGUCGCAUACUGAAAGGCAGCUGGACGGAUGGCGAUCGUGGAAUACACUGGUCCGAGCGGAUGAAGGCGUCUUUAUCCACACAGUGCUGGCAAAUGUUGGAUGUCUCGGCGCCAAAGCUAGCGUGAGUGCUAUUGUGGCCGAGGUCCGGGGCAAGUAUCGCGAGUCACUCCGUCUUAUGGGUGCCGAAUCUGUCGAUGUUGCUGCUCAGGUUCCCUACUUGAUGUAUGUGGACAAUGACAGCAUGAGUGGCUGGAGCGAAACUUUAGAUGGCAUUGAACUGCCAUGCCCAGUUGUGCCCAGCCAUUCGAUAUGGACAGCUGAUGGGAGGAGUGCAUCCACCAAUGAAGCCGCACCCGACACGGCACUAGACUCGUCCAACUCUGCGACCGCCGUCCCAGAACGAUCCGGCAGCACCACCAGAGGCCGCUUCCGGCAGCGGCGGCAAUCGAAAAGCGAGCGUAUCAGCGAGAUUUUACAAAACGCCAGAGGCCGCGCCGAGGAGAUGGGCUCCAACCCAACUACCAUCCGCCGCCACUCGUCGUUUGGUCGCAAGACACAGUUUGCCGAUGACGAGCCCGACGAGACGACGCGCAUCGUAUCCCGCGGAUCGAGCCACAAUUACCAGGCGGUGAACCCCCCAGAGCAUGCGGCCGCCACCGGGCCGCCGCCCGGGAGCGGGACGCGCUCCAUCUAUAGCCUGCGGUCAAGGACCGCGGGGGCGGCGACAGCUCCGCCCUCCGCAGCCGACGAGGGGGACGACGAGACGAGGACAGGCGAGGAGACGGAGACAUCGUGGUGGAGGCACCAGCUUGGCAAGUACCAGUCGCUUGAGCUGGAGAACAAGGGUAGCGUGGCCAGAGACCACCUGGCACUCGAACGAACAUUUCUCGCCUGGCUCCGCACUUCGCUCGCAUUCGCCUCGAUCGGCAUCGCCGUCACCCAGCUCUUCCGACUCAACACCUCGCUCAACGACAGUACAGCAACGCCGGACCGCACCAAGGACACGCUGCGGCGCCUCGGCCGACCGCUCGGCGGGACGUUUCUGGGCAUCAGCAUCCUGAUCCUGCUCCUGGGGUACAGGCGCUACUUUCACGGCCAGGAGUGGAUUCUCAAGGGAAAGUUUCCUGCUAGUCGCGGGACCAUUGUCUUGGUGUCCCUUGUAGGGCUGGCCAUCAUGGUCGCCUCGCUGGUCGUGGUUGUCCUCCAAUUUCGUCAUUGGUGGGGUCACGAACCACUUCCCGUCACACAAACAACCCUCACAACCCGCACCCUACACAACCAAGCGCCCUCGUAUAUUCUCGCUAUGGCUCCCAGGGAGCCCGUCGAUGUGCCCUUGUUUGCCAGCACGCAGGUAGCUCUGCUGGAACGCGAGCUACAAAGCGAGGUGCAAGAAACAAGCACCCUCAUUACCAAUCACAGCCCCGCCCGGUUGCAGCGCGCAGGUCUGGCGAUCACCAACCUCGUGGUCGCCUCGCAGCGCACUGGCCUUGGCGGUCGAACGGUGCUAGAGCUGGGACCGGACAGUGCUACCUCAACGACGGGUGAAUUGCCGGAGCACGGCCUGCGCACCGGUGACAUUGUGCUCGUUGCGGACCAGCCGGCGGGCAGUGCCAAGAAGAAAGAGAUUCAGGAAUUGGAAAAGAAGGGCGCGCGUGGCGUGGUGACCAAGGUGCAGAAGACGUCCGUGUUUGCGGCAUUGGACGAUGGCAAAGAUGAGGUGGCGUUUGGGGGUAAGGCGUGGAUGGUCAAAUUGGCAGACGAGGUCACAUAUCGAAGGAUGAAUCUGGUGAUGGAGAAGCUGCAAAAGAUGAGCGAAGCAGAAUACUCGAGUUUCAUCCAGGUGCUGUUUGGCCUGUCCAGCCCAUCGCCAGUUCCAAAGGACUUGUCAGCAGACGAGGAGCUGAGCAAGAUUGAGUGGUUUGAUCCAACUCUCAACGACUCUCAGAAGGACGCUAUUCGUUUCGCGCUGGCAUCGCGCGAGAUUGCUCUAAUACACGGGCCGCCAGGCACAGGAAAGACGCACACACUGAUAGAGCUCAUUCUACAGCUGAUCAAACUCAAAAAGCGAGUAUUGGUCUGCGGCCCGUCGAAUAUCUCUGUCGACAAUAUUGUGGAAAGACUCUCGCCGCACAAGGUCCCAAUCUUACGUCUGGGACAUCCGGCAAGAUUGUUGCCAUCAGUCGUCAACCACUCUCUGGAUGUGCUAACACAGACAUCAGAGGCUGGGGCCAUAGUCAAAGACGUGCGUGCCGAGAUGGAUGCCAAGCAAGCAUCUAUUAAAAAGACAAAAAGUGGCAAAGAGCGUCGGCAAAUAUACGGCGACUUGCGAGAGCUACGAAAAGAGUACCGAGAAAGAGAACGCAAGUGCGUUAGUAACUUGGUGGGAGGAAGUAAGGUCGUUCUGGCUACGCUCCAUGGCGCUGGCGGACACCAGCUACGCAGCGAAAAGUUUGACGUCGUCAUCAUUGACGAAGCAAGUCAAGCGCUCGAGGCGCAAUGCUGGGUACCGCUUCUGUCUGCCAACAAGGCCGUCUGUGCUGGCGAUCACCUACAGCUGCCCCCUACGAUCAAAUCGAGCAACUCCAAGGCGGCACUGAAGCUCAAGGACGGCCCAGAGGCGAAGCCGAUCAAAGGAAUGACUCUGGAGACGACGCUCUUUGACAGACUGUUGGCACUCCACGGACCAUCAAUUAAGCGGAUGCUCACCACACAAUAUCGAAUGCACGAGAAGAUCAUGCGAUUUCCUUCCGACGAGCUUUACGAGUCAAAACUAGUCGCAGCUGAAGCUGUCAAGAGCAGACUACUGAAGGAAUUGGAGUACAAAAUUGACGACAACGAAGAUACUGGUGAGCCGCUCAUAUUCAUCGAUACGCAAGGCGGCGACUUCCCAGAACGGAGCGAAGAAGACGAUGUGGAGAAUCCGAAGAAGGCAAAGCUGGUGGAGGCUGGAUUGAAAGCAGAAGAUAUUGCGGUGGUGACACCGUAUAAUGCGCAGCUGGCCGUGCUUGCACCUCUCAAGGAGAAAUUUCCCGGCAUCGAGCUUGGCAGUGUAGACGGCUUCCAAGGUCGUGAAAAGGAAGCAGUCAUUGUGAGCCUGGUGCGAAGCAAUACUGAAGGCGAGGUGGGGUUCCUGGGUGAGAAGAGACGGUUGAACGGUAUGUCAAGUCGAGGCGAGGCUGUGUCUUGCAUUUCUCUUCAUUACGGGUUUCAUGCGAAGAAGGGAUGCAUGAGAUUUGGACCAGACGAGAAGCUAACUUGA